AUGAUCGCGAGCAUAGUAGCCAAGGAGCAGGCACUACUCAAGAUGAAUACAUCAGCAGCGGCAUCUACCAGUGUAGAACAUGGCCGUCUAGCAGCUUUCACUAUACCAAGUCGGGCCCACACCCAAGUCAUUGUAAAUGGGGCACGGGAGAACAUGUCAUCACCUAGUGAGAUGUCGCCAAAUUCUUGCUCACCAUCCUCAUCGGAUACAUUGCAGAGCACACAGGGAGGCACCAGUACUACAAUUCGUGGUCAUAAUCAACAUCGUGGUGCGGAAGAUGGUGCACAUAAAAGUGGAAAUGAAUCACCUGUGGAUGUAACAAGUCUCAUGAAAGAAAACAAGAUGGACGUAGGUCGAUUAUUUGGAGUAAGUCAGUUAAAUGGGCAUUUAAGCAGCAGUGAUCUAGGACCUCGUGUGUCACUAAACCAAAUGAUGCCUUCAGCUUCUACAGUAGGUUCAUUCAAUCUUGCCUACCAACAACAUAACUUAGGACCAAGCAACAAUUCUCAACAGCAACAACAGGCGUGCAGUUCGCGAGAUGGUAAUGUUCAAAAUGUUGCAACAUUGCGCUCUAGACAUCGUUCAAACCAUCAUGACGGCUUAAUCAAAUGUCACUAUUGUCCCAAGAAAUGGGCUGAUCAAGCUGUGGUUUGUUUUUUGAAUUCUAUAAUACAUUCUAAGGGAGUAGGAAUGCUCAUUUUUGAUUAA